UGUCUUCUAUGAAGACUGGUCUUUUAUGAUGGAUGAAGAACGUUCCAGUAUGAUUCCUACAAUGGCAGCUGGUCUGAACUCCAUCCUUUUUGCAAUCAACAUUGAUAACAAGGAUUUAAAUGGGCAGAGCAAAUGUAUACCCACAGUAUCUGAUCUGCUCAAGGAAUCGACGCAAAACGUCACCUCGUUACUGAAGGAAUCCACUCAAGGUGUCAGCAGCCUUCUCAGGGAGAUAACUGCCUCGUCUGCCGUCUCCAUCCUCAUCAAACCGGAGCAAGAGACCGACCCACUUCCUGUUUUGUCAAGGAAC